UCCAUAAUUCAUUGAUUGACGCUCAAGCCUUUUCAGUUCUAACCAGGUGGACAGUAAAGUAUCUAAGUAUCUUAUUCUGUUCUGUUCCAUCCAUUCCAUUCCAUGCUAUUCUAUUAUAUUCUAAUGUGUGAAGUGAAAUAUAAUUCCACCAAAUCUUGGCAAGGUUCAAAAAAAUAAAAACUGGAAGUGCAUCACACCUUAUUACAGAUAAGGUAAUGUAAAAAAAAUGUAAAUGUAAUAGAGAUUGUGGAAGAUCUUCCAAACUAAACUGUUUUAAAGGCUACGUAAAUGCAUCAACAAUACAUUACCAUCAAUGCAUCAUUCUCACUGACAGUUGCAGCCCACGCCUUUUCACCGUCCUAUAUUUACUUUCAACUGUUUUUUUAUAACACCCCCCGAGGAGGGCUUACAAUUAUAAAACAGAAUCUAAUUGGAUGGAAGCAGAGAUGCACGUGCUCUCUCUGAGCCCGCAAUCGUUCAUUGGGCGUUUUCGUUUUCCAUGGCCCGGUGCCCCGGGCGAGUAUUCCAUUGGUCCUUAAGUAAAAUCGCCACCUACCCGAAGUACCGGGCCAUGCAAAACGCACUCGCCCAAUUUCAACACAACUCGGAGCAGCUGUGUUUUUGUCAGAGCUGAGCAGUAGUCCGCAAGAGUUCAAAGAAAGAGUGCACUAUGAAGACCCAAACUCGUUUCGCCUUCUCCAUACCACUCUUUGCUCUUUGUUUUCUGGUUGGUGGCAGUUCCACAGUGAACGGUGACUACUGUGAGAUAAAUGUCUGCAGUAAUGGGGGGACCUGUGUGACCGGCGCCAGAUCCUCCAUCUGCAUCUGCCCCGAUGGCUACACUGGGGACACCUGCAACGACACUGAGACCGGGCCAUGCAACCCCAACCCCUGCAAGAACGAUGCCAUCUGCGACGUGACUGGCCAGAAACGCAGAGGCGACGUCUUCAGCGAGUACAUCUGCAAGUGCCAGGAUGGCUUUGACGGAGUCCACUGCCAGAACAAUGUGAAUGACUGUGCCAAGCAGCCGUGCCAGAACGGUGGUUCCUGUAGGGACCUUGAUGGAGACUUCAACUGCCGCUGUCCGUCCCCCUACGUGGGCAAGCACUGCCAACUGCGAUGUAUCUCUCUGUUGGGAAUGGAGGGCGGAGGCAUUGCUGAGUCUCAAAUCUUGGCCUCGUCGGUGCGCUACGGAUUCCUGGGCCUACAGCGCUGGGGGUCCGAGCUGGCACGCCUCAACAACAAGGGCCUGGUUAACGCCUGGACCUCAGCCUCCUACGACAGGAACCCCUGGAUAGAGAUUAACAUGCAGAGGAAGAUGCGUUUCACGGGCAUCGUGACGCAGGGCGCCAGCCGCAUGGGGUCAGCAGAGUUCAUCAAGGCCUUUAAAGUGGCGUCCAGUCUGGACGGGAGGACCUACACCAUGUACCGCCUGGACGGGCAGACAAAGGACUCUGUGUUUGUGGGGAACGUGGACAACGACGGCACCAAGACCAACCUGUUUGACCCUCCCAUCAUCAGCCAGUACUUCCGCAUCAUCCCCGUGGUCUGCCGCAAGGCCUGCACCCUACGCAUGGAGCUGGUGGGCUGUGAGCUCAAUGUGUAUUCAAACACGGCAGGUUGCUCCGAGCCCCUGGGCAUGAAGUCGCGCCUGCUCGCCGACCGCCAGAUCUCGGCCUCCAGCGUCCACCGCACCUGGGGUAUGGAGGCGUUCACCUGGCAGCCGCACUACGCUCGGCUGGACAAGCAGGGCAAGACCAACGCCUGGACGGCGGACACCACCAAACGCUCUGAGUGGCUGCAGGUAGACCUGGAGUCCCUCAAGAGAAUCACAGGUAUUAUAACCCAGGGGGCCAAGGACUUUGGGGCGGUCCAGUUUGUCUCUGCCUUCAAGGUGGCCUACAGUGACGAUGGACAGUUCUGGAGCAUAGUCAAGGACGAUGUCACCAGCACAGACAAGAUCUUCCCGGGCAACAGCGACAACAAUGUCCACAAGAAGAACCUGUUCGAGCCGCCCUUCUACGCCCGAUUCGUCCGCAUCCUGCCGUGGGCAUGGCACGGGCGCAUCACCUUGCGAAUGGAGCUGCUGGGCUGCGACGAGUAGCCCCGCCCAAGUCUCCUCCUUGUUCCCCGCCCCCUCCUCCUCUUGCUCCUCCUUUCUUUCCAAAACCUCCUGAGCCACACCUUCACUGCCAAGCUCAGAUCCGUAGAGGGCAGCAAAACACCACCACCACAACCCUGCCCCGACUGAGGUACAAACCACUGAUCUAGGGUCAGAUCUUGCUUCGCCCAGCUAAUGGUUACUGCUAGAAUUGGGUAGGGGCAAUCUAAUCCUAGAUCUGUGCUUAAGGUCAACUUCUACCUCGAGCGCACAGACUACUGCUGUGUCAGCUGGAAGUGCAUGGAUUCCGAAGCUGUCCUUCCUAGAUCAGGCCCAUGUUGUGUUCACAGAGUUUCAGAGUAGGAGUGCUGAUCUUAUUCAUUAUUGUGAUUUUGAAAAGGCAAAACUGAUCCCAGAUCAGCACUGCUAAUGUGAGAGGCUUCAUGUAUUGGGGCCCAGAAGGCUGAACCUAAAACCCAUCGCUGGUGAUGUACAGUUAGUAGCUAAUUUAGCUGAGAUGUUUUUCCAAUGGAGGGUUUUCACCUGACCAUCCUGAAGUCAGUAGUAGUAUUAUCGAACACACUCAUGUGUAGCGUUAGCUUCCUAGCUGUCACUGCAGUGCUCUGGAAGAUGUUUUCUGGAACUUUUUGUUUUUGUUCUUGCUUAACGAAGACUCAUCGUUUUUUUUGGAAAAAGAAAUGUAUACCAAAUGUAUUUCACUUUGUUGCCAUGUUUAUAGUCUUAGUUAACUAGUCCUAAAUGCAUUAUGAUUUAUUAUUAGCCAUGUUUUUACUAACUACAAUUUUUCAAGUAAGUAUACUGAACAAAAAUAUAAAUGCAACAAUUUCAAAGAUUUUACGGAGUUACAUUUCAUAUGAGGAAAUCA